CUUCCUUCUCACCUCACCCCUUCUCAACUAGCGUCUUUAUCCACCGUCUCACCCCCUGCUGCUCCACCUGCGCCUGAGACGGUAGGCUGCUGUUCUUCUAUCUACCCACUGAAACCUGCUAGCCUGCUCAGGUUCAUCACAAGGACAUAUAGCUAGCCAAGAUAGAUACUUGUCCAGCCAGAGAUGGCUGGAAUAAUGGUGAGCGCUUCUACUGGGGUGAUGAACUCUCUCCUGGGUAAGCUGGCCACCCUGAUGGGGGAGGAGUUCGCCAAGCUAAAGAACUUGAGGAAGGAGGUUAAGUACAUCACCGACGAGCUGAGCAGCAUGAAGGAUGCUGUAGAGACCCUUGCGGAUGUUGAUGAGCUGGAUAAACAGACCGCAAGGUGGAGGGAUGCAGUCAGGGAGAUGUCAUAUGACAUCGAGGAUAUUAUUGAUGACUUCAUGUGCAAAAUUGGGGAGAAAAGCAAAAAAUCUGGGUUUGUCCAUGACACCAUUCAACGCCUUAGAACUUCAAGGGCCCACCAUAAGAUUGCUGGUCAGAUUGAGGACAUCAAGAAACUUGUGCAUGAAACAAGUGCACGCCGUGAAAGAUACAAGCUUGAUGUCUCCACAUCAUGCAAUGUGGCUGUUGACCAACGGGUUGUCGCACUCUAUGAGAAUGCAGCUAAACUUGUUGGUAUGGAGGGCCCAACAAAUGAGGUUGUCAGUUGGCUAAAAGAUGAGGAGAAGCAGUUAAAGGUUGUAUCAAUUGUUGGUUUUGGAGGUUUGGGCAAAACAACACUCGCCAAUAAGGUCUAUCAUACACUGAAGGGGGAGUUUCAUUGUGGUGCAUUUGUGCCAGUUUCUCAAAAGCCAAAUAUUCCUAAACUUCUGCAUAGUUUAUUAAUCCAACUUGGGUGUGGACAAUCUUUUCAAGAUUGCGAGUUAAAUGUUCUUCUCGACCAACUCAGAGAAAAACUAACAAACAAGAGGUACUUCAUUAUCAUCGAUGAUCUAUGGGAUGUAUCAGCAUGGAAUGUUAUUAGAUGUGCUUUCCUGGAAAAUAAUCUUGGUAGUAGACUCAUAGUAACUACAAGAAUCAAGAAUGUGGCUGAGGCAUGUUGUUUGGGUCACCACGACCAGAUUUUGGAAAUGAAACCUCUGAGUGAAGAAGACUCAAGGAAAUUGUUUUUUGAUAGAAUAUUUUGCUCUGAAGAAGCUUGUCCAGGUCAACUCAGGGAUGUUUCACUUGAGAUUCUCAAGAAAUGUGGUGGUUUGCCACUUGCAAUCAUCAGCAUAUCGAGCCUAUUAGCAAGUGAAAGUUCCGACCAGAAGGAGAGGUGGAAACAUGUACUGAAUUCUUUGGGGUCAGUGUCAGGCACAAACCUCACCUUGGAAGCAAUGAGACAGAUCUUGAACCUUAGCUACCAGAAUCUUUCUCACCACCUCAAGACAUGCUUCUUGUAUCUAGCUAUGUUUCCAGAGGACUCUGAAAUAUAUUCGUAUGAGUUGGUAAGACUAUGGAUAUCCGAAGGUUUUAUUAGUAAAUCAUAUGGACAAAGCCUAGAACAGACUGGGAUAAGUUAUUUCAAUGAGCUUGUCAACAUGAGUCUUAUUCAACCUAGACAGAUUGGCAGGGAUGGGUCAGUGUUAAGUUGCAAAGUACAUGAUAUGUUGUUGGAUCUUAUCUUGUACAAGUCUGCUCAAGAGAAUUUUAUCACUGUAGUAGACAACACAGAGGCCAUUAGAGCACAGCUUCGAAAGCCUCGUCGGAUUCUCUUCAACUUGGACAACGCAACAUUGCCAGCGGAUGUUAGUAUGUCACAAUUGCGAUCAUUUGUAAAUUGGAGAGGCUCCAUGAAUAUACCUCCUCUGGCAGAGUUCAAGUAUCUUCGAGUUUUUGUUGCUGACUUCAGUUCUAGUUUUGCUUAUGACAACCAGAAAAUUGACCUGGCAGGAUUGUGUAAGUUAUAUCAGCUGCGGCAUAUAUGGAUUCGUGGCUCUGGUAGGUGCCAGCUAGCAAUGCAGAUUAGAGGACUACAAAUGUUGGAAACAUUUGAUAUAGAUGGGUCUUGUAUACCAAUGGAUAUUUUUCUCCUGCCGCACCUGUUGAAUCUACAUGCUCCAUUCGUUUUCAGGCUCCCGGAGGGCAUUGGCAAAAUGAAAUCCCUAGAAAGUCUGAAUUAUUUUGACAUGCUGCACAGUUCACUCGACAGUAUCAAGGGUCUAGGAGAGCUCACUAAUCUGGUCACCCUAUCUCUCCGAACCCGUUUCUCUGAAGAAGUGUACAUGGAUGUUCUAAACUCUUCUUUGGGAAAACUCUGUAAUCUCAAGUCUCUGCUCAUAUGUGGUGAUUCUUGGAUAGCCGAGGCACUAACCUUGUCGCCUCCUCCCCCCAACCUUGUGACACUCUACAUGAUAAAAAGGACCCACGCCCCUAACUGGAUUGGGGAACUCCAUAACCUCCAGACCUUGUAUCUCACUGUUGAGAAGCUGGACAAGGAUGGUGUUGGUAUUCUUGCGGAGUUACCAGCCCUCAUCGACCUACAAUUAAAGUUUGAUAGAGCACUGGAAGAAACAAUUUCCAUCGAUGGGGCAGCAUUCCCGGUCCUAAAGCGGUUUGAGAUCAGCUGCGCGGACAUGCCACGCCUGACCUUCCAAGCUGGGGCAAUGCCUAAGCUCCAGACCUUCUCUCUGUCGUCGGACGCCAAAGGAUGGAAGCAGGACGAGAAUGCCGCACUUACAGGUAUCGAGCACUUGUUAGCACUUGAAAGAAUCUAUGUAGGAAUCAGGAGUGGUACUGAAUCUGAAGGGAGAAGCGCAGACUCAGCCAUUAGGAGCGCUAUCAACAUGCAUCCUAGCCAUGCUUGCAUUACAAUUGAUAUUAAUUGUUACUGAUUUAUGAUAAUCCUCAGUAUCAGCCACGACCAGCAGCUGGAAAGGAAGUUAAGUUAUUUCUUUGGAGCAACAAGGUGUGAUAUGCAAAGAAAUAUUGAGAUGUCUCCGAAAUUUAUGCCAAACUGCAGCGGAUGGAAUAUUGAGAUGAUGCAUGUUCACGCUUUGCUUGGAUUUCUCCUGGAAUAAGGCUUGAUGGAGGGCAGCAGGUUGCACUUGUUACUCGCUCCUUCCCUGACCAGCAAGCCAGAGAUUAUAUGUUGAAUAUACAUGUGCGAAGUUUGUUAUUGAAAACGGCACGAGUACACGUUUCUGGGAGGAUACUUGGCUCGGCGAGACACCCUUGGCCAUCCAAUACCCGUCUUUGUACCGCAUUGUUCAACGACGUGAGGUGUUAGUCGCAUCGGUCUUUCAAUCUACCCCCCUUAAUAUUCAGUUCCGACGAACGCUAGCGGGCAAUCGUUGGGAAGAAUGGCUCCGUCUAGUUAGGAGACUGAUGGAAGUCCAGCUUUCACAACAACCCGAUGAAUUACGCUGGAAAUUGACUAAGUCUGAAGCAUCCAUGGUUAAAUCAAUGUAUAUUGAUGUUAUUAAUUCAAACUCCAUUCCUACGUCCAAGCAUG